UGGCGGAAAUGGCUGCCGGAAGCGGAAGUGAAGAGUGUUCUUUCCCCCCUCCCCUUCCUCCUCGCGGUGGCGGCUUUUCGGCUGCCUUCGCCUGUUCGUUCCUCGCGAUGUUUUCCUUCGACUUCCUGGACGAUGUUCGGCGGAUGAACAAGCGCCAGCUGUAUUACCAGGUGCUGAACUUUGGGAUGAUCGUUUCCUCAGCGCUGAUGAUCUGGAAGGGGCUGAUGGUGGCAACGGGCAGUGAGAGCCCCAUCGUGGUCGUACUUAGUGGCAGUAUGGAACCUGCAUUCCACAGAGGAGACCUUCUCUUCUUAACCAAUCGCAUUGAAGAGCCAAUCAGAGUGGGUGAAAUUGUGGUCUUCAGGAUAGAAGGAAGGGAAAUUCCAAUAGUGCACCGAGUUUUGAAAAUUCAUGAAAAACAAAACGGAGACAUCAAGUUUUUGACAAAGGGUGACAACAAUGCUGUUGAUGACAGAGGCUUGUACAAGCAAGGGCAGCACUGGUUGGAGAAGAAGGAUGUGGUGGGAAGAGCGAGAGGAUUUGUGCCAUAUAUUGGAAUUGUAACCAUCCUAAUGAAUGACUAUCCCAAAUUCAAGUACACUGUCCUCUUUCUACUGGGCUUGUUCGUUCUAGUCCAUCGAGAAUAGUUUGCUGCCAGGAAGGCCAACUGAAGGCACCAAUCGUGCUGAAUAGUGAGAUGUGAUGGCGUGUACAUUUCACUGCUUCCUAACUGAGUUGGGUUUGGCUCUUUGGUUUUAUUUUCUACUACAGCUGUGUAACAGGAAAGUUGAUCCCAGUAUUUUGAACAGUUUGUCACAUUUUAGCAUUUUUGUACAUCAGUGAAUUUUUUAUAUUAAAAGUUUUCAGCCAAAACA